AUGUAUGACGAAGAAUCAACGACAUACGAAGAUCCACACGUUAUUGCUUCUUCUUCAACCGGUGAAUCUUCUAAUAGAACACUUCAAUGUGAUUUUAUAGAAACAAAAGAUCAUUUUGAUGUACUUCAGGCCGCACCUCGAUCUCGUGAUGAAGACAUUGGAACCAGACUAUCUGAUCGAUAUACAUAUUCGUUUUCGGCGGAUUUAAUUGACCAGUUUGAUAAAUAUCGAGCUCGAAUGCGAGAAAGCAUACGGCAAGAAUUGGAAGCAGAUGAAAAAUCGGAGUCGGAUAAAGAAUUGAAAGAGUCAGAGAUAAUAGUAAUGAGUGUAGACGAUGAUGAAGGCGAAUUUAGUGUUCACCAAGUUCAUCACUCUAACUUUGGAUCAAAUAUAUAUUCGCAGGAUUCAGCUAGGGAGGGAAAACCUCGUCACUUAACUGUUUCAGACAUGGAUAGUCGAUCAAUGUCAGUAACAGAUAAUGAAGCGCGAAUCGAUUCAGAAUCAAUUGAGUUUCAA